GCCCUAUAUAUUGAGCCGAGCCGCAGUUUCGUGGUCUACUCGUCCGAAACUGAGAGAGAGAGAGAGAGAGCGAGAGCUUGGAGUGGGCGAAAAUGGCGAAAGCUGGAGCUCAGAAGAGGGCUUUGAUCUUCUGCGGAGACUACGUGGAGGAUUACGAGAUUAUGGUUCCGUUCCAAGCGUUGCAAGCGUACGGAAUCGCGGUGGACGCCGUGUGUCCCGGAAAGAAGGCCGGGGAGAUUUGCCGAACCGCCGUACAUCAGGGAUUAGGGCAUCAGACAUAUUCUGAAUCAAGGGGUCACAACUUCACGCUGAAUGCAACAUUUGAUGAGAUUGACGUGAGCACGUAUGAUGGGCUCGUAAUCCCCGGAGGACGUGCACCGGAGUAUCUUGCAAUGAAUGAACCGUUGUUAAACAUUGUGCGGAAAUUUUCUGAAUCAAGGAAGCCUAUUGCAUCUAUUUGCCAUGGACAGCUUAUUUUGGCAGCAGCAGGAGUUGUGACAAACCGAAAAUGUACAGCUUAUCCACCUGUAAAGCCAGUUCUGAUUGAUGCAGGUUCUCACUGGGUAGAAGCUGAUACAAUGGCAAAGUGUGUCACCGAUGGGAAUUUAAUUACAGGAGCAACAUACGAAGGGCAUCCUGAAUUUAUCAACCUUUUCGUGAAAGCACUUGGUGGCACCAUAGCAGGCUCGAAUAAAAGGGUUUUGUUCCUCUGUGGGGAUUACAUGGAGGAUUAUGAGGUGAUGGUACCAUUCCAGUCUCUGCAAGCUCUGGGCUGCCAUGUUGAUGCAGUAUGCCCCAAUAAAGGAGCAGGCGACAAGUGUCCGACUGCUGUUCACGACUUCGAAGGCGACCAGACCUAUAGUGAAAAGCCGGGCCAUGAUUUCACGUUGACUGCAUCCUUUGAUGGCUUAGAUGCCUCAAGCUAUGAUGCACUAGUUAUCCCGGGAGGGCGAGCCCCCGAGUACCUUGCAUUGAACGAGAAGGUCAUUGCGCUGGUGAAAGAAUUCAUGGGUCAAGGAAAGCCGGUUGCAUCAAUUUGCCAUGGGCAGCAGAUCUUGGCGGCUGCUGGAGUUUUGAAGGGAAAGAAGUGCACUGCAUACCCCGCUGUGAAGCUCAAUGUGGUGUUGGCCGGAGCGACAUGGUUGGAACCCGACCCCAUCAGCCGUUGCUUCACCGACGGCAAUCUGGUUACAGGCGCGGCUUGGCCAGGGCACCCCGAGUUCGUUUCGCAUCUCAUGGCUCUGCUUGGAAUUAAGGUCUCCUUCUAAUGUAUCACUACUGUCCUUGUUAUUGUAAAUGUAUCUGAAACACUCGGCCUUAUAGAACUGUUUGUGUCUCCACCUAUCCUGCUUGUUUUUCCAGAGAACCUUUCAGAAUUUUGGUGUUUAGUAUUUUGUGUCGCGGAUGCUAGCUUUGUUGUAUUAAGUUUGCUUGAGGUACUGGGUUUUAUUUGAGUACUGUUUUUUUCAGAGGGAAAUUUCGGAAAGCCUUUAAACUUAUUGCUCUAAA